CUCACAGGAAAGAUGUGCUUCUAUCUCAUCAUCAGCUAAAUCAGCUGAAGGAAAAUUGGACAUAGAACCGACCAUCUCAAGUUUAUCUGGAGAUGCAAGAAAAAAGUGCAACGAGAAUGUUGUAGCAAUUGCUGAAAGUAAUGUCAAGAGUCCUGUCAGUUGUAUUUAUAAUGAGAGGACGGCGUCACAUCAUAAGAGGAUGAGCAGAUCUAUUGAUGCCAUUGAAUAUAAUGGAAACUUGAAUUCCAAGGGUAACAAGUGGCAAAGACAGCUGUCACAAAAGAUCUCUUUACAUGAUGGUAUGUUAAAUAGUAGAACAGAUAGACUUCAUGAUGAGAAAAAGCAUUUGGUAGCUGACAUUCGACAUGACUUGUUCAGCGAACAUUUUAGAUCCACCAAGAAGAGAAAAACAUUGUGUGAACUAGGUCUGCAGCUUUUAAACAAUAAUAGUGCGGCAAAGACAAAGUUCGACAGUUCUGGUGUCAAAUCUGAUGUCUGUGCCCAUCAAUCUCCAAAUGUCUAUAGCCUUCCAGAAACUGCCCAGGAUUGCAAGGAUGGGGAACACGAUGAUCUGGUAGAUAUUGAUGAACUUGUCGGUGGGGAAUAUAUAAAGCUUCUCAAUUUGGAUAAUGAUACAGAUGAAGAGUCUUAUCGUCUAGCAAUUGAAAUGCCUUUAUCCCCUACACUUCCUGAGAUUCAGUGCCAUAGCAGUGUGGCACUUGUCCCGAUUAACACACCUUUAUAUGAGGGAUUCUUAAAUGCAGAGACUGUGGCUUCAUCAGGCAAUUUUGAUGUCAUCAAUGUUGAAAUCAAUUCUAAUAAAGUAAAACACCCCACCAUAGAUCCUCCAAAAAAAUCAUCAUUACCUGAGAAAAAAGAUCAUGUUGAUUCAUCUAAGAGAUUAAACCUUGACACAGCUUGCAAGUUAUCCUGCAGUUCCGAUCUAGUUACAUUGGAAGCAUUGUGCAGGUCAGACCUAGCUGCUCCUGCUACUGAGGGGCUGCAGAUUUCAUCGGAAAGGAGAGCCGUCUCAUUACAGGAUGGGUUUGCCAAGUAUUGUGUCAUCUUUUCAAACAACAAUGAUGCGAAAACCAUUUCAAGUGUUUACCAUGCUACCAGUCGUUGUCUUGCUCAAUGCUCAGUAUCAUCAGAUACUUCUCUUAGGAGUAUUCUGGUCACUCUUUUGAAUCUUCAAGAAAUUUCAAAUGAGGAGAAGACAUGUGUCUUCUUUUCACUCUUACUUCUCUACAUUUCUGAAACUGCAACAAGAGCCUUUCGAGAUGAUUGGGAGAGAGACCUGAUCCUUUUCAUAAAUUCUGUUGCUCAGCAUAUAUAUACAGAACUCUCACAUGAAGACAUGAGAAGGAUAUUUGUGGAAUCUUGCAACUUGUAUGAUGUACUUUCUCUUAUGGAGGAUUUUCUUUUGCAUGGUAAAUUGCUGGUGCAUGCUGUAAGUUCUGAUUCACAGCUUGCGUCCAAUUCAGGAAUCCAUCUUAUCUUGGAUGGUCGUAGUAUAAGCUUGUGCAAGAAACUAGCUUCUACUCAGUUGUUGCUAACUGGAGGAAUUUUGCUAGCAUCAGUAUGUGCCGUGUUUGACCAUAUUGGUUUUGUUUGUGAGGCUUCCUGCAACAUUUUAAGGACGCUAAGAUCUGAUGCUCUAAAUAUUCUUCAUAUAUUUGCCUAUCUAUGUGGUAAUAAAUAUAUUACCCUCAAAGAGUAUGGCUUAGCCAUGACUGUGGUGAAGUCAUUGGUGAUGCUUAUUCACAAUAAUAGAUCAUCUCCUAAUCCUCUUUCUUGUGUUGCAACUACAGUUGAGUCUUUGUCUAAGAUUUGUUCAGGUAGUAAGUGCCCGUUUUCAGAGAGUGCAGCUACCAUGGAUGUUGUUGCAUCCUCACUCUUGGAUAGUCUUAAGAGUUAUUGUUGCUCUGCUGUGGGGUUGGAUUUGAUGGAAUCAUUGAACUCAUCAAGAUAUGGAAUCAAAUGUUAUGGAAAGAGAACUGAUGAAUCCACAGAUAAUGUAGAUUUAGUACAGUGGGCAUAUGUUACUUUGAGGGAUUCAAGCCAGUUCAUUGAUACCCUUGCACUGAUGGAGCUAGUUGCAGGUUUCAUGAGCUGGGAUUGGACGUUUGACAAAAUUGCCUGUCCACUAUUGAAGUUAUUGGAAUAUUGUUCAACAGAGCACAAUGCUGCUGCUAUUGCUACUCUUCUUGGUCAACUUGGAAGGAGUGGACUUGAAGCUUUUGGAUAUGAAGAUGUUAGGAUUCAGAGAUUAAGAAGCUCUUUCUGUGCAUUACUUUCACAAUGCGACUCCAAAAGAAUGGAUCUCCACCUCCAGUUCUCCAUUGGAAUUGCUUUAGUUGGCCUAAUUCCUCUUAGGUUCGAGGAACUUGUCGGAAGUAACAUUGAAGUUGCACCAGCUGCAAAUCCAACUGAUUGCCUAAGAAAGUGGUUCUCUUUAUUGAGCAGCGAGCAGCGGUUAUUGUUCAAGGCUCGUAUAUUCUGCUAGUUGCCACAGGGAGAAUGUGAAUAGAAAAUUUUGCGGGAGAGCAACAGUUGAAAAAUUGCCUGGUUUGUUGAUGUACAUAAUUUGCAGUAGUUAAGGAGUUGUACAGAAAAAGGCAGUUUAUUUUUUUUUCUUUCUAUUUUUUGGUGGACCUUUGCCAUUUAAGCUUUUGGAUAUUACUUGGGAAAUGCUUUUGUUCCAAUUGUUUUAAACAUAAUUGCAUCACAAUCUCAUAAUUUUGUCAUUUAA